AUGGAAAGUACAAGUUGGAAACCAAAUGUUAAUAGUUGGUCGUGUGAAGGAUUCAAUCAAGAACAGAUUAAUUUUGUCUGUCAAUGCUUAUUUCAAUGGGAUGAAGGAGAACGUUUAGUUAAAUUAUUUUCAACAAAUCCCCAUUUAUUAUCCACUCCAUAUAUUAAAUCCUCAACAGUUUUGAAAGCUUAUUUAUUUGUUUUAUUUCAUAACAGACAAUUUGAAGCAUUCUUUAAAGUGAUAAGUGAAAGCAAAUUUGAGCCUUCUCACCAUUCAGAUCUUGUUAAACUUUGGUUUGUUUAA